AUGCCCACGCAGACUCAAGGACUGAAAGAGCUUCCACCCGAUCCAGGCUCCGUGACUAUCUCCUUUGUCGAACACAGGCGCCUGAUUCAAGCGUCGCAGCAAUUCACAAGGUUGAAAAACUCGCUCCUCGAAGGGGGGCUUUCGCAGGAGACUCUCGAUAUCUUGAUCUAUGGACCUCCAACAAGUUCCCAGACAGCUUCGGGAGGUUGCACUACAAAUGCUGCAUCCCAGCGCCAAGUUAAUAGGAAGCAUGAUAUCAUCCCCCGUCGCAGAUGUUCAGACGAAAGCUCUGAAGUCGAUGCUGCAUCCGAAGGAGACCGCGACGACAUCACGUCACUGGACUCACCGUCUAGUGACGGAAAGGCAGAUCGUGAUGAUUCUUCCCAGAGUGAGGAAUCUCCAGCUACUCCCACGAAUCAACGUACUGUGAUGAUUCGUAAUCUGCCAGAACGCGUCACUUACAGAGACAUUGUUGACGCUGUGAGGAGUGGUGCGCUCGUUCAUAUCUAUUUGAGGGCUCGCGAGCGGCUUGCAAGUGUGUCAUUCGUGGAAGAGGCAGCAGCCCACUCUUUCCUGCAGCAUACGAACAGCAGUGGCCUUCUUGUGGCCGGGAAGCGCGUUGAGACACUGUGGAACGACCGGCAGUUUUAUAUUCCACACUAUGUCAGGACUAAGAUUCACAAUGGAGCCUCGAGGAAUCUAGUUCUCUACAGCGUGCAUCCAAACGUCACAGAGUGGGUCAUCCGGAAAGAUCUGGAGCAUAUCCACAACUUAAUCGUGAUUUCGGUGAAAUUCAGCAAUGGCAAUGCCUACAUAUCCACCAACUCAGUCCAUAAUGCGCUCUUCGCACGAUCUUGCAUGAUGUCUCGGCUUACAUACAAAGGUAUGAAGAUCGGUUUCUCUCCAGACGAAUGUGCGAAUUCGCAGGGCCGUGAUUCAAGUCGAAAGAGCUUCCCGAAUUUGACAUAAGCGUAUUCAAUUCCGAGAAUAGCAUAAUACACAUGGUUAAGAUCUCGAAAGCUCGAGCUUUUAGCAGGGCAGACGAUCAUCAAAUAAAAUAGGGAAGCUAAGAUACCUGAUCCACUUUGAGCAAAGAGACAUAUGGACAAAAAAAGAAAUCGGGUGAUAUUUGAGAUAAUCCUGGCCUAUACUAAUUCCCAAGCCAGCAUUGCACCUUCUAAAUCCAUACUACCACUGUAACAACCCAGACCUUCCUCGAUGAAUGAAUUGUCCAGUGGUGGAAAUGGGACCACACCGCACCAGAUCUCUCCACCCCAGAGUACAACCGUUAAAACGACACCAUUCUGCGUAUCCUUUUUACCCGUUUUCCAGCACCCCGUUCCCGAAGAUCAGAAAUGGAGGGGUGGGUGAAAA